AUGAAUACUCACCUACAUUACGCACUAUCCGAACAUGUAACAGGGUACUCUUUAUUUCGAAUCAAGGAGUUUGACGAGUUGACUAAGGAUUUUUCUGGUCAUUUGAAUUCCUUUAUUAAACUUGUUGCGCACGUAAACUUUAACUCACUCUCAGAGUCUGUAGAAAAUGUCCAAGCAAUUUCUGAAGGCCGAGUAACAGGUCUACUCCUAGAUUUUCUACGUCAAAAUGUUCCAGCUAAGGAUUGUACAUUAGGAGUUAAUCAUUCACUUCUCGGUGAAAAUAUACAAUCAUUUGGACUUGGUUUUGAAUGCAUCUGUCAAGAAGCUGUCUGUGAAAUACUUCGUCUUAUAAGAUUCAAUUACGGCAGAUUGAUGCGUUCUUUUGUUCUGCAGCCCGGAGACUCUUUAGGCUCUAGUAAUGUGUUAAAGGCUAGUUCUGAUGCCAGUUCACUUCUCGGAUACAAGAAUAUUGGCGCGACGAGUGUUUCAGAGCGUGCCCCUGCUAAGAAAGCUGAAACUAGGGCGCGUCUCGUAGUUGCCCUCUCCUUAGCACGUGCUAUUCUUGAUGUAACUCAAUUUCUAUCGGCCACAUGGAUCUGCAGGUCGCUUGAAUUGGUGGAUGAAUUGGAUAAAUCAAUUUGUAAAUCGACAAGUAGUCUCCGAAUCUCAUACAAAUUGCACUUCCCUGAAUUAUGCCAGAAAGGCCAGCAAGGCCUUUUUUCUAACUUGGUAAUCUCAGACUUUGGAUUCAUUAAUUUAAUUGCUGAUUACACGAGCCGGGACAGCAUUUCAAAAUUCUUGCACACUAAACCAUCUUUAGAAGAAAAGGCCAAGGUGACUUCUUGGUUUGGCGGGAGCGACAAGGCGUUUGAUGUCCUCGUGGCUGCGGCCCGUGAUUCCAUAGGCCAGGAACUUGAUGUGGAGGAUUCACGUCAUCUGAAAGCCUUUGCGCAACAUUUACUCAAGCUAUAUGAGACUCGGGAGACUACCUACAACUUGUUAGCAUCUAGGAUAGAGGCAUUGGUUCCAAACAUGGCCAGUCUCUUUAACGUUGCGCUUAGCCUCGACUCCAAAUCAGAUCAAAGCUCCCGUCGUGUUGGUGAUCGUAUCUCUUCAGCUAUACUCGCUGCCAGGUUGAUUUCUCAUGCGGGUCGUUUGGAUAGGCUAGCCACAAUGCCUUCUUCCCGCCUACUUUCACUUGGAGCAUCGAAAGCCAUCUUUCGGUAA